UCCCUGGCUCGGCCCAGGGAGACAGGAGGCAAUUCCAGACAAGCUGAGCAGGAGAGGAAGGCCAAGGCCUCUUCCUCUCUCUGGAGGAUCCUCUCCUUUCCAGGGGGUUCCUCCGGGGCCCUGGGUCUACCAUCAUGAUGCUAGCUCUUGAGCGGGUCUGAGGACUCUCAAAAUGUCCUCGUCGGUCCAAAACCACGGCACAUCUGAGCACAGCGCCGGGCUAGAGACCCCGCUGCAGGCCCCCAACCAACACUGCUGGUUCGUAUUGGAUCCCAUUGGCAUCCUGUGCGCCAUGGCCGCGUGGGUGCUGGUCCUGAGCGGUGGAUGGGUACUGUUCCGGGACCUGCUUAUACCAUCUAACAACAUGUUGUACAUAGUAGCCAAUGGUGUGGUCUUCCAUCUGCUGGCCUCGUUGGCACUCGCGUCACACCUACGGACUAUGCUGACCGACCCAGGCUCUGUACCCCUGGGUAACCCGCCCGGGCCUGGCACAGUGUCCUACUGUCCCGACUGCCACUCUGCCAUACCGAGGACAGCUUGCCACUGUACAGUGUGCCAGCGCUGCAUCCGCAAGAACGACCACCACUGUCCCUGGAUUAACAACUGCGUGGGUGAGGACAACCAGAAGUACUUCCUGCUUUUCACAAUGUACAUUGGACUUACCUCGACCCACGUUCUGCUCCUGUUGGGCAUCCCUGUCCUGUGCAGCUACAUGCGGGGCGAGUGGGAUUCGAGCAGCACCGUGUCCCUACCUGCCCCUAUCCUCUUUCUCCUCCUGGUGGCGAUAAUGGGCUUCCUCUUUGCCGUGGUGAUGCUCUGCAGCCAAAUGUGCGUCAUCUACUCAGACAAAACGACAACGGAGCUGCUGUAUCAGAACACACACUCAGGGGGCAGACGGACCAAGUGCGCAAACAUGAAGGCCGUCUGUGGCUCCCAUGUCUCCCUGACCUGGCUCAGCCCUUUUCAUUCCCCAGAACAUUACAAAGUGAAUGAGCACCAUGAUAUGGCCUAAAGUCAUUCAUGGGUGUCCAGAGCAAAGCACGGCAACACACAAACCUGAACAAGCCAGUUCCCUGAAGGAAACCAACAUGGCAGAAUACAAAGUAAUAUUCCUCAAAUUUUCUUGUGCAACAAAACAGCAAAGGAAAGCCAGGUGUUGGAGGAACCCCGAGGAAAUUGGGCUCCCUGUGCCCGAUUGUAGCUCUACCAUGCUGUCAGAUGGAAAGCAAUGAAAUGCAUCCCUAUGACCACC